AUGGCCGGCCCCCCGUGCACGGGGGAGACGCCGACGCAGCAAGGGAUCAACGUGGGCGAGCUGUUUCGAGACUUCGCCGCGACCACGGCGGAGAUGGCCCGCCCGGCGGCGCCUGGUGCGGACGCCCUCGGGGCGCUGCUCCGCACGUGGGAGUUGCGCAAACGCUUGCGGGCGACGUACUGCGAAUGGCUAGGAACUCAUUGGUGGGAGACGCUGCGAGAAUCGUCCCUGCGCGUGGAGGCGAUGAAGUGGUCGUUGGCCACGCAGGUGGCGAGGUUGGGAUCGGCGGGGACGCCGCUAUGCGCUGUCAUGGGCCUGGAGGGCACGGGACAAAGGAAGUUGCGGCAGCGGGGUCCGAAGAAGCGCGGCGGCACCAGAGCGCGCGCGGCCCAGCCUCGAAGACUCGAAGAGCCCGCUCCAGAUCAGGGCGCGAGCGCCAAGGAGUUCGAGGUGACCCCCCAAAGCACCUGCGCGGGCGGCAGUGCUUGGUGCUGCGGUUACCGCACUGGUUCGCUCUCCGACGUGAGCGAGGGGGCGGGGGGCAAGGAUUGGGACGACAUCGGUGUAUGCUCGCUUCCACGCAUUGGCAGUGGCACAGGACGUGGGCCGCGCGAGGCGCACGGGGGUAGCGACAGCCUCGGCGGCGACGGCGACGCCCCGGCGGAGCUUCCGGUGGACCACUUCCCGAGCGCCGGCUCCGCCAGGGACAGGGCCCUGCAGAAGGCCAUCGAGCUCGGCUCGACGACGUCGGACGUCGAGGGGAGCGGCGCACGCCCGCGCUCGUCCACUGAGCCCGCUAUCAGCGUUUCGGCGCCCGCGGCGCCGCUGGUGGAGCGCCGCAGCGCCGAGCUGCCGAAGCCACCAGAGGGAUCCGCGCUGCCGCCCAGCCCCGCCGCGCCGAGCUGCACGCCGCAGAGGCUGCUCUCGCCCGUGCGGCUGCUGAUCGUGCGGCAUGCGCGCAGCGCCAACAAGGCCCGCUCGGCCACCACCGCCGCCUCGCUGGAUCCGGAUCUCUCGGAUCUGGGGUACUUGCAGGCCGAGGCGUUGGGCAGCAGGUUCCGGCAGGAUUUGGAUCGGCUGGAAGGGGGACGCUUGAUGAUCGUUUCGAGUCCGAUGCGCCGGUGCCUCCACACCAUCCGGCCGACGGCGCACUGGUUGGGCCUGAGCGGGAAGGAUGACUGCAUUGUCAUGGGGGCGUGCUACGAGUUCGGGUGCGCCGGCACCGGUUUCUACGGCUCUAGCGUGCAGGAGCUGGCGCAGGAGUUCCCCGAGUUCCAGCCCAGGUGUUUCGGCCCCAGCGGGCGCUGGGACUACCGGUUCGGCAGCAGGAGAGAGACGGAGGCCGAAGUGAGGGUCCGGGCAGUGCAGAUCGCGGACUGGAUUUGGGAGGCCGCGCUGGAGCUCAGCGGCCGCGGCAGCCCGCGGGCGGACAAGGUGAUCGUGUUGUGCAUCCACCAGACGAUGGCGGACAUCCUCUGCCAGCUGUUCGUGGAUGGCUCCAGCGAUGGUUUCGCCUACGGGCAGCUGAAGUACAAGCUGCAGAACACGGCCUUCACGGAGCUCCGCCUCGGCACGAGCUGCGACGUGAAGUUCGGCUUCACGAACCAGUCGUCCCACCUGAACGCCGUGAGCACGGUGCAGGCGCAGCCGACCGAGGGCACCCCGCGCGGCGAGAGGAUCGCCAGGCUGCGGGCCCUCUUCAGGCAGUACGACAAGAGCGGCAACGGCCGGCUCGACUUCGGCGAGAUGACGUGCUUACUGCGGAAGGGGAACCCCUCCUUGACAGAGCAGGAGCUGUGGGCCCUGUUCACCGGGGCCGACAGGACGAGAGAUGGAGAUAUCGAUUUCGACGAGUUCGUGGAGUACAUCUUCUCGUCGUCGAGCAGCCUCUGA